CAUCAUCAUCAAUCAAAAUGGCCAUGCUCAACAUCAUAAUAAUCAUUCUUGUCAUGAUGAUCUCAUCAUUGUCAUUUAGAACGGUGAUAGCAGCCGAAUCAAAAAGUGAUACAUUCAAUAUCGAUAAACUAUUGGAAUAUAAUGAACUUGUAUCAUGUUUCGGACAAAUGCACAAAGAGUUUGAACAAUGUAAUAAAAAAGGUGCAGAAAAAGCCAAAUCAUUUCUGGGACAAAUUGAAUUAUCACAGGAAUGGAAUAGACGAUUAAAAUGCUGUGGUACAUGGAAAUUACGUGAUUGUUGGAUGAAAGCAGCUAGACAAAAAUGUACAAAAAUACAAGCAGACAUGGUAUUUAAAUUACCUGAUCUAAUAAUGCCAGCAUUGGUUGAAGAAUGUCAAGAAUAUACAAUUGAAUCGGGUAAAUGUUCAUUACCGAUUUGGUUAAUUAUAGUGGUUAUCACUGUGGUUUGUACACUAAUAUUAUCCUGUUGUUGUGGUAUAAUUUAUUGUAUACGACGAAGAAUUAAUAAACAAAGAUAUCGUGCUAAUGGUCUUCCACCAACAGGUGAUCAAAGAUCAUAUACAAUGACAACAAUACAAAAAUCAUCAACAUCAUAUAAAAAUGGAUUAGGUCCAAUAAAUAAAAUGAAUGGAAUAAAUUCCUAUCGUAAUAAUAAUAACCAUCAAAAUCAUAAUGGACAUUAUCAUUGUGAUAAACAGAACAAUCAUCAUAAACAUGAUCAUCAUCAUCAUCAAAAUAAUUCUAUUGAAACUAUUCUAAGCCAUAAACAACCAACCAAAGAAACAUUAGAUAAUGUUGAUUCUGAAGAAUUAAAAGUAUUAAAUCCACAGCCAAAUUCAAUAAAUGUUAAUAAAAAUAAUAUCAAACAUAUUGAACGUGAUGAUGAUAUUGAUGGUGACGAUGUUGUGGUUAAUUUAGUUUGAAAAAAAAAAAAAAAAUAUGGAAAAAGAGAUAAGAUUAUUAUAUUAUAUAUUUGUACUUAUAAUUGUAAUAUUGUGUGAACGUUCCACACACACACACACACACACACACACACUGAUGGAUGUCAUUUUUUUUGAAUUCUUAUGAUU